CACUUACCUGCGCGUUGCCAUCAUCCAUUGUCCGCCUGCCCGACGACAAAACACAUUUUUGAACCCGUACACGAGCAGACGCCGUCACCAAGAAAUACCUCACAUUUAUUAAUUCAAAUACACAACCACCAUCACAAUGAUGUUCCGUGCUACAGCUCUGCGCAGCGCCGCUGCCUCGGUUGCCCGUGCCGGUGCCAUCCGCCCUGUCGUCUCUUCUUCCGCCGUCGCCAGAUUAGCUACUCGCCGUAUCGCACCCACCGCUUGGGUUCCCAGGACUGCUACUCCAUGGACUGCCGUCCGCUGCUACGCCUCUGCUGGUGGUCUUGACAAGCCCCAGGUCGAGGGCAGGAUUAUCUCUUUGCUCCAGAAGUUUGACAAGGUCAACGACCCUACCAAGAUCCAGCCAACAUCGCAUUUUGCCAACGACCUUGGCCUGGACAGCUUGGACACUGUUGAGGUUGUCAUGGCGAUUGAGGAGGAGUUCAGCAUUGAGAUCCCCGACAAGGACGCCGACCAGAUUCACAGUGUGGACAAGGCUGUCGAGUACAUACUCAGCCAGCCCGAUGCCAACUAAACCAUUACCGCUCACGCAAACCUCUGUUACAUCUCAAACUCUGUACAAUAGAUGAAAGCAAUAUACAGGCACUAUCGGUGUUGAUUGAACUUCGUCGAUAAUUUCAUUUCAACUCGAACGAUCACAUAUUGUCGGUCUUUAUGGAUGGAUGAUGGGCGCAAGAGCUUGAUUUUCGGAAAACCCUGCUCUUCGCGUUAUAAUGCACUUUGUAUUUUUCGAAUCGCCAAGGCACGUUAAAACACGCUACGCCGUAGGAUAGGAGGUAUGCUCUGCUAAUCGCUGGGACUCGGUCUCCUCUCCUGCCUCAUCUCUACUCCUACUACUGUAUACCUAACAAGCUAUUUUGUGGCUAUGCCUCCAACAUGUCUCAUCUCGGAAGCUCUCC